CUUGAUGGUUGCGUCGCUGUUCUUUUUCAACAGCAGCAGCGAUAGCAAGCAAAAAUUAUUAGCAACAUGUUCUGUCGUCGCUGCUGGAUUGAUUUUAGGGCGGGCGAGACUUACGUGGUGUGUGCCGGUCCCUGUGCCCGCCGCUACCACGGCAGCUGCGUCGACAUCCCAGGGGAUGUGGCUCGCGAGCUGCGGCGGUCGGAGCAGCACUACGAAUGGUAUUGCCGCAAUUGUCGUGAACUUUAUCGCCUGCGAUUGUACUUUGAGAUUGCCAUCUGUGAUGAUUACAGCCUGCCCGUAGAUUUCGUUAAAAAACGACCGUCCAGUUUCGAUCCUUGCCUAGCCGAGGCAAUACCAACAAAUCCAGAGCAUUGGAUAGCGCCAAGUCCACAGGCGGAAUUUCUACCAUUUGCCGAAGCCCAACAACAGUCGCAGCAGCAACAGCAACAGCAGCAACAGCAGCAGCAACAGCAACAACCACCACAAGCGCCACCACCACCCGCGCCUUUAGCAACGCUGCCAAGUCAAGUGCAUGCGGCAGUGGCUAUUUUAAGCAGCCACAACAACAACACAUUGCCGGCCGCUACACAGCAACACCAGCAGCAGCAACAACUGCAACAGCAACACCUACAUCCAACAAAGUCCAGCCAACGUGCCACGCUCCAACAUCCACCGCUGCCGAAUAGCAACAUCAAGCAGGCCUCCGUCAAGCUAAUUGAGGGCUAUUCGGAUCCCAAGGAUACGCGUCAGCACAAAAAAGUCUACCACAAGAAGGCCAAGCGCCGUGUCGCUCCGCACCACAAGCGACAGCAGCAACAACAGCAACAAUCGCUGCCACUGCCACGUGCCACCCAACAGAAGCAGCAGCAGCAGCAGCAUCAGGCCCAACAACAGCAACAACAACAACCCCAACCAGCCAGACAGAUCGCAUAUAAUAACAAUAACGCCAACGCCAACGGCAGCGCCACCGUUGGCCAUCCCAGCAAGAAGGACAAACGCAGUCAUUACAAUUCAGAUUCCUCGGCUCCCAAGUCUAGUGAGGACGAGGCCGACGCAGACGAAGACGUUGAGCGUUUGUUAGUGCCCCCAGCACCGCCAGCACCGACAUCGCAGCAGCACCAGCAGCAGCGCGGCGGCAUCAAAGCGGCCGAACUCAAUUCGCCGGAUAGCAUAUCGGAUGAUUUGGUGCGUCCGUUGCCGCCGCAGCUGCAGCGUAGUCCGCGCAAAUUGACGGUCGCCCAAGCGGAGCACAGCAAGCGCCAGCCGUCGCCCUACUACUACUCGGACCUGCUCAAGAGCAAGGACACCGGCAAGGACACCGGCAAGGAUAGCAAAGAUGCUGCAGCACUUAGUACUGCGGCAGUAGAGCGCGAGGCGAAACAAAAGUGUCGCCAAUCCACAGCCAGCGAGCCACCGCAGCUGACGCAACCGGCUCUCAGCGCGCACGGAGCCUACCGCAAGAGCAGUAGCUUGGAUGCACCGCAGCUAGACGAGGUGCCAGAGCAGCUGCAGCGUGAGAGGGACGAGUGCGAUUUGGGUCAGGACACACCUAAGCGCUAUAGUUUCACCGAGGACGGUGUGCACAUCAUACGUUGCGACACCCCUAGCACCACAACCUCGGAGGAAUCCGACUGUAGCGAGUGUCUGAAGCGCCGGGAGUGGCAUGCCCGUGCCUUGGCACUAGUGAGGAAGACCUGCAACGUCCAGCCGCUCGAACGGGUCGGCAGCAGUGCCAGUGGGGCGCUCGAAUUGCAGUUGCAGCAUUGCGACGCCGGUGAGGGGGAGUUGCUGAAGUGUUGUCCGAUACCCCCACCUCCAGCACCUGACGCUGACCAGCUCGUCAACGCCGCUGUUGACGCCAACGCCGACGCGGCGCCGAUGCCGCCACAUCGCCUUUUGGGUCCAGCAGCUGUGUGCGCCUGCGUUGCCGCACCCGCCGGAUCGUUGGGCGAUGAGCUCGAGGAAUACUUUCGACCACGCAGCAUCUUCUAUGUGCAUCCCCAUGGCGUUCACGAGUGCGCCGAGUGUGCGCCCAACAGCGAGCAACAGCCGACGGCGGCGUCUUUAAGUGCCCCAAAAUCUCAUUCUGUGAACACAAUCGAUCUCUACGGCAACGACGAGCGGGAGGAGCAGGACGACGACGCUGACGCCGACGUCGACGCUGACGACGACGAAGAGGACGACGAGGGAGACGAACAAGACGCAGAAGCGUACGACAUCAUGUCCAGCCGUAGGCGGCAAAUCUACGAAACCGCCUUCGACUGCAACAUAGCGAAGUCAGAUGAUGACCUGGAUGAGGUGGACCGCAUUACCAAUCACUCGGUGCUGCUCCAGCUGAGUAAUGGCAAUGGCCACUCUCAUGCCCAUGUCCACGAGGCCAGCAAAGCCCAUAAGUCCGCGCACCACAAGAGCCGUCUCGAGUGCAAGCGUUUAAAGAACUCCAAGAAUCAGGCGCUCCAAGAACAGGCGACGACAACCACAACAGCAUCAGCCGCGACACCGACUACGGCGGGAAACGGUGGUUCGCUAAUUGUCGUGGAAGCGGAACUAUCCAAGUUACAGUUGGACCCGCAAAAUAAUGCAACAGGAACAGGUAGUGGUGCUGGAAUAGCAACAAACGCACCGAUAACGAUGACAACAACAUCGUCGGCAACAGCAGAGACCGCCACCAGUUCGCAGCAACUACCGGUGCGGGGUUAUACGCCAUCACCGCCCUCCACAGCGCCGCUGCCGAUGAAAUUUCCAGGCAAACAUGAGCGUAGCAUUGAGCGCCACUACAUGAACAGCAUCAAGAGUGCGCCCAACCUGCCCGCUGCCAAUCCAGCCCAUCCACGUCUGCGCGAUCUGCGACUGCCACUACAGACGUCCUUGCGCCAGCAACAGCAGCAGUCGCAAUGCGCCUCCAGCAACGACACCAGUCUCACCGACAGCGCCUACGUUAAUCCGCCCUCGACAAACUCGGGAAACUCGGGGGCCACGACCACAACCACAACAGCGGCGGUGGCGCGCAGCAACCGUCCACGAUCGUUUGUCCUCGAGUCCGGCCGUGUUCUGGAGCUUCGACGAAGCGCUGGCUCCGGCCAGACUUCGCAGCAGCAACAACAGCAGCGCCACCAGCACCACCACCACCAUGUCCACGGUCCAGGCCAUCAGGGGCAUGCCCGACGACGGCACGCCCAUGGUGCUCACAACUACUCCUCAACAGAGAGUAUUGCCACAUCGAGUAGUGGUGGCAGCAUGGAGUCGCUGCGAUCGAGCACCAGCGAGGGCAACCGUAGCACCUCUAGUAGCGAAUCGCGUCACUCGAGCUCCCUCAGCUCGCACAGCUCUGAGUCGGCGGGCAGCUCCAGCAUGGCCUUUCCACUGCGCGCCCCCGUCGUUCUACACUCCAAAUUGCAUAUCCUGAGUCCCAUAUCGGACAAGUCCUCCCAAGAGCCAGCCUCAGAGCCGUCAGAGCAACAGAAAGCCGCCCAGCAAGUAGCAGGUUUGGCCACCGGUGAGGAAACCAGCGACGUAAUGGUCUCGCAAACGGCAGCGUCCCAGCUACUUAGCGUCUCGAACGCUAAUGCAGGCACCCAGCUGGAGGGCCUCAAGAAGCAACAGCGCAGCCAAAGACCGCCACCCAACAAGGCGCUCCUGCAUCUCGCCGACGAGCUGCUUGGUUCCGACAGCGGCAUCUCGCUGCAUUCCCGUGAGGAUGGCAAGCCCCCUGGUCUCGGCCUGCAGCGACUAACGCUGCCUAAGCUGCACUUUGCGCCGGCGGAUAAACAUCACAACGAUAGCACCGGCGCCAGCGUUAGUGCCACCGGCAGUGGCAGCGGCGCCAACUUGCCGCAGGACCUACGCGAUCUACCUUUCGACAUGCCCAAGCUGCGACGCCGCAAGACGCUGCAGCAGGAGGCGGCCUGCACCUCGGGCAGUGCCACCUCCGUCGACCUGGGGGAUCUACCCUUCGACAUGCCGAAGCUACGGCGACGCUUGCGUGCCAAUCAGGCCGAAAUCAACAACUUGCUGAUGCACAGCACCGAGUCCAGCGGUAUUUCCCAGGCCUCCUCCAGCCACUCGAUGCGAGAUGAGCAAAAGUUGGCCAGCAAAUUGGAUACGGCGCUUUUCCGUCAGAAUCUAACGCUUAAUCUCAACGAACCGCGUCAGGUCAAUAAGUUUGGCAGCUUGGAUCUGCGCGGCCUAAACACUAACAAGGAGCUCAACAUGAAUCUCUGCCAGGGCUAUGUGACGGCGGUUGAUCUUAUCGAUGUUGCCAUACCGCUAGAGCGCCAGGGGUGGUACCAUGGUGCCAUCACACGGAUCGAGGCGGAAACAACGUUACGUCCGUUGGCCGAGGGCUCGUUUCUAGUGCGCAAUUGCGAGUCUACCAAGCAGGACUACUCGUUGUCCCUCAAAGGAGCCAAAGGAUUCAUGCACAUGCGCAUUCAACGCAACGAAACCGGUCAAUACAUUUUGGGUCAAUUCAGUCGUCCGUUCGAGACGGUGCCGGACAUGAUUAGGCACUUCUGCCUCAAUCGGCUGCCGGUGCGCGGUGCCGAGCACAUGUGCCUCAUCGAGCCGGUCAUUGCGCAGCUGCUCUAGGCGGGAGAAGAAUGAGAGAAUGUGGAGAAGGUGGAGAAGCGGACGCCGCCCAGAGUGCAGCAUAGCUUAGUUUUGGGUAGUGGUAGUGUGAUGGGAGGAUCACUGUGCACUUAGUGAUAGGCAUAGGAUAGGAUAGAAUACACAGCGAGCACUUUGGCGCCAGUCUAGCUCCAGGCCUAGGACUAGGCCUAGGCGGUGUUCACACACCGCACACACCGCCAAAAGUUCAGUGUAAACGAAGCCACCACAUGCAUAACAGAAACACAUAUUGAUAGCAGAUAGACAACAAUAUUAACAUAUGAACAUAUAUGCACUAGUUAUAUGCUGUAAUCUUAAAUACGAUUGUUUUUCCAGUUUUUUUCCAAUUUUUUUUUUCACUUCAUACGGACACUCACACACAAACUCACACGAACUACAAGUAGUAUAGCGUUCAAAGUACGUAGCACUUCAGACAAUACCAGCAACAUGAAAUAAAAAAGGCACUCACAAAAAGCAAGUUUUUUUGUAGAAAACAUAUAUAAAUAGUGAAACAUACGUACAUAUAUACUGGGUAGUGCUUGUAUAUACGGUGUAAUAUCUCAAGAGAGAAAGAGAGACAGCAACAGUAACAAAACCAUAGCACGAGGAGUUGUUUUCUUGUUUCGUUUCCAUUUUGUUUUUUGAACAUGUUUACACUGAGGCACGCCACAUAGACACAGACACAGCAGAGAACUCACGUGCGUUCGCACCUUUGGUUAGCAUUUUAUGGUAGAACAUACAUAUAUACAUAUUUAUAUGUGCCUGUGUGCAUGUAUAGUGUUAAAUUUACCGAUAUUUCAUGCAUAUAUUUACCUUUUACCUAUACACACCUAUCAAGUCUUUGAAACAAACUGCUACGCCCAAAGACCUGUCUACACACCCAUCGAGUGUGACAGCUUUGGGGUGCGUUCACACUAACACUGUCGAAAGGUUUUAGCAAGCAACUUUAAGAAAUUUGUUGAUUAAUUUUAUGUUCAAAACUAACAUAUACUACAUAUACAUGUUUAUAUCUAUGUAUGAAUAACUUUAGUAAUGGCCGAAGAAGUGCCAGUUUCGGAUCCGGUUUUUUUUCUUAGUUUUAGGCCAGGCAUGCAAGUAAAACGCUCAAAGCGCUUUUUGGUUACAUAGUGUCGUCGUCCGGACAGGGGACGAUGCAUGAUGGAGGAUAUAGCAACACAUAUGAAAAAAAUGUCGGUUUUAAGUGUUAGUUUCUAAUUACAUAAUGCUAUGAUGUGUAGAGAGCAAAUGGCAAACUAUAUUAUGAAAGCUAAAAAUUAUAUAUACUUACUAUUUAUAUUUCUAUAUAUACAUACAUAUAUACGAGAUAUU